CGCGCCAGUCACAGAAUGACGUUUUAACACUGAGCGGGGAGAAUCAAAAGUUUGGAAGGUGUUUGUGUGAUUCAGCUAUCAUAGCCUGGCAGUAACAACAUCACAUACACGCAGUAUGCAGAGGAUCAGUCGCCUGAAGCGCGAGCUGCAGCUCCUCGCCGCUGAACCUCCUCCUGGAGUAUCGUGCUGGCAGAUGGAGGGGCGCGUGGAUGAACUACAAGCCCAGGUUGUCGGCGGUUCAAGCACUCCCUAUGAGGGAGGGGUGUUUACAUUGGAAAUCAAAAUACCAGAGAGGUAUCCGUUUGAGCCUCCGAAGAUCUGUUUCCUUACACCCAUCUAUCACCCUAACAUCGAUAAUGCAGGACGCAUUUGUCUCGAUGCUCUGAAGUUGCCCCCAAAGGGUGCUUGGAGGCCUUCGCUCAACAUUUCAACGGUGCUGACCUCUAUACAGUUACUUAUGGCUGAACCCAACCCAGAUGAUCCACUUAUGGCUGAUAUUUCCUCUGAAUUCAAAUACAACAAAGCACUGUACCUGGAGAAGGCAAAGAAGUGGACAGCUGAACAUGCAGUUCAGAAAAACAAGGGUUGUGAGGAAGCAGAUGAAAAGAGCUCUCUUGGAAAUAAAAAUAAGAAAACCGCACAAAAAAGAGAAGCACUAAGUGCACAGGAGAAUUUAGAGCAAUCUAAGAAAGUAUGUAUGUAGUGUAUUUUACAAACAACCUUGUUUAUCUCUUAUAUGGUACUGUGGAUUUAUUUUUGUCUGUUUAUUGGUUUGAUAUGAAUGUAAUAAAAUAUAUUUGAACUACAUUUACAGCACACCAAACUGUUCAAUACUCUUUAAGACAUACAUUUAUGAAACUAAUAACUUUAUUAAAUCAUUCUUUCAUCACAUGUAUACAGAAAUAUAAAAAAUAUUUACAUCCAGAAUAGUGUGUUUGUUGUACAAAGAUCUUUAUAAUCCAAUAUAAAAUUACAUUUUAAUAUACAUUUAAUAUAAAAGUAUAGAAAUAAAUCAAUAGGGAUAAAAAGUAUAGCAUGCUAGAUCAGAGGUAGUUAUAUUUUACAAUACAACAGCUAAGGACCAUCAUUUUAUUACAACCUAAUCAAAUCCCUCAUAGUUCACUUUAUAUCUUCAAUUUUAUAACCUUGACAUGUUUAAUAUUUCACAAAUUGCUCUUUCUUUAUAAUGCCAUCUUUAUGUUAAAAUAGAAAUGCAGCACAUCUCUGAAACGUUACACAACAUUACUUUCUGAAAACAAAUUUUGUUGAACAUAAAACACACCACACAAGUACAUAUACACAAAUCCUUGCUACCCAAAAAUAUUGCAUUGUAAUAAAAAUAUGUUGAAAUUGCUUAGUUGAACAUUUUAAAUAGUAAGUUGUAAUAACUUAAGCCAGUUUGUUUAUGCUUAAUGUAAGGCAGCAAAAUAGGUUUUACUGUGUAGUAGUAAAAUGUACUGUUUUUU